AUGGUGUCCAAUGUCGGCCUUGGUACUUCCUCCAGAUAUUUAGAUCUGGUAGCACACGCGCUUAUCACGAUAGAUCUCCGCGUGACAUACGCCCAUUCAUGGAGCGAAGCAGCCAUAGCAGAUGUGACAUAUCUUCCCAACACGGAUGAGGGUGAAAAAUGCGCCAAUCACGGAACCUCUUGUCCGGCGUCAGAAUCUGAUAUUAGGGUAUUAAUCAUAUAUUCUUCCUGGAACAAUGCAAGCAAAUUUUGGCGCCGUCGCUGCCCCUGGCGCGUAAAAGUCCACUGCCUAGAAAAGAGCAAAUACUGCAUGACGACUUUUUUCGAAAAGGGUUUGGACCGUUUUGUGGAUGUCAGCCACUUGCCCAACGGCGUUGAGUAA